AUGCCCUCUCGAUUGGGCGUUCGUGGCCUCCCCGUCCUCCUGCUCGCCGCGGCCCUCGCGUGCCUUCUGCUUGCACCUUCCGCGGCAGCAAUCAAGUUUGCGCUCCCCGCGUUGCGGUACCCGUCAAGCAAGUGCAUAUGGAACGCGGCACAUCCAGGCGCGCUCGUCAUUAUCACCGCCAACGUCGGUCCUGGGGACGGCCAGCGGAUUGACAUUGAGGUCAUCGACUCGAGCGAGCACAAGAACGUCUACCUGAGCAAGAAGAACAUUGGCGGGGAGAAGCGGUUUGCCAUCACGGCGCAUGCGGAGGAGGACAUUGGUGUAUGCUUCAAGAACACGCUCGAUGCUGGUAUUAACGACGGCAAGCCCCACUCGCGUGUCAUCGACCUCGAUAUUGACAUUGGUGCGGACGCUGUCGACUACAAUGCCAUCGCGAACCAGGAGUCUUUGUCAGGACUGGAGACGGAGAUGCGGAAAUUGGAGGGCAUCGUCAAGGAAAUCACGGACGAGAUGGAGUACUUGAAAACGCGCGAGGAACGUUUUCAGACAACCAACGUCUCUACCAACUCUCGCGUGCAGAACUUCGCGUGGUUCAUGUUCGCGUCGCUGUUCGGGCUGGGGGUGUGGCAAAUCAUGCAUCUCCGUUCGUUCUUCAAGAAGAAGUACCUUAUCGACUAG